CAUCUAUCGCAGACGAUAUCCUCUCCUCUCCCCAAGGCCGAAACGAUUGCAUAUGUUUUACUUUACCCACAUGAGAGCGAUUGACGAGUGAAGCUGAAGACAACUCCUAUUGCGCAGACGCAAGGAUUUUAUAAAAUUAUUUUAGGGACUUUUGCCUGUCGCACGAGAACUGGUGGACUAGCUGACGACGAUUCUACCAAAUUCGCCCCAGCGCGAAGAUGGCACGUAAUUGGACCCUCAUCGUUGUUUUUAGCGGUUAUAUACCGCUAAUACUUACUGCAGCGUUCACGAUAUGUAUGGCAUGGUUCUACACACGCCGAUAUGCAUGCACCAUUCGAAGUAACUGGGCCUCACACGUCGCAAUCAUUUCCGGUCUGACGUUCUCGUUGUUGACCAUGCUACUCAUCCCUCUGGACGUGUUUUUCGCCUCCUAUGCCAAAUUACCCAAUGGAACCUGGGCUGACUGGGCUAAGAACGGCAGCCUGUUACAGGAUGUAGAAGACACACUUGAGGAUACCUAUUUCGUGUUCUACUCGAUCGUAUUGGUCCACCUCUUCGUGAUAUUGCCGUUUGUCUAUUUCUAUUCAGAAGAUUCAGCAAAUCUACUUCUUGAAGCAUCUGUUGGAUCUCGAAUUGGACGAGCGAUUUUGUUCACGUUGGUGUUCCCGCUGGCUUUCGGAGUUAUGCUCACAGUUGGUGCGGUGAUUCCAAUGCGAGAGCCAAAUGACAACUCUACGGAAUGGGAGUGGCUCAUUCGCGAGUUCAAGGAGAACAAAAAGAAGGACAUGUUCGGUUUCGCUUUCUCAUUUGUGUCGGUCAUCGGCAUGUGCAUGUUAGUGAUGUAUCUUGGAUUAGGAAUGAUGGCAUUCCCACUGUCCUUGAUACGUGGACUGGCAUCCGCUGCCCGGGAGCGCGCUGCCAUUCAAGAGCAUCUUGAGAACCUUAAAGCACGAAUUUCUCUACUUAGAGCACGUGCACAAAUGGGCAAUGCAGGACAGGAAGAUUACCAAGUUCUGACAGUGCUGCAACAACAAGAGGCCGACAGUAUGCGGCAUGAGAGAAAUCUACAAGAAUUUCAAUCAACUUGGUAUUACCGCCUGCGUACUCCGAUUCGGACUGUCCAAAUAAUACUCGGCCUUGGAGGCCUCUUAUUAUCGUUCCUGGUCCUUAUCUCAUUACUGCUAUCUAACGUUGACAAAGUGUUGAACUCAAGCGUCGAUUCUGGGUAUAUCCCAAAAAAACAAAAUUUACCAAACCCGAUCGAUUACGUACUUCUUCAAUGUCAACAGAUCUAUCCACUGGAUUAUAUUCUAUUCGUGACAAUGGUUUGCUACUUGUUCGUGUGUUGCACUUAUGCGUUGCAACGUUUUGGAGUUUGCGCGUUGUGUUUCCGAGCAUACUCAAUCCGGCGUGGAAGGACUGUACCCCAGGCUCUUGUUAUGCUUUCGUCUGUACUUAUCCUGUGCGUGUUUGGUCUUCAGAUUCUGAUCUACUCAGUGUCCCCCGAGUACACUUCGUUCGGCAACCAGCACUAUAUUUACGGUGGGACGGUAAUUAGGCCAUGCGACUAUGACGCGCCUGUUGGCGAUUGUGUUCAGACACGAGCUACCGCUCUCCUCAGACGAUUCGAUUAUAAAAUGACAGCGUUCGGGUUUGGCUACUAUUGGCUUUCGUGGCUUUUCAUUAUGGUAUCGGUUGUUAGCUACUUCGCGUUUCAAUUCAGGGUCCGCAUCACAGCUGCCCGUCAACGUAUGGAAGAAGAAGCAGAAGAUCUUCUCGAAUAGAUACUUCUUUUUCUGGUCAACGAGAAGCAACGCAAGGUCACUAAAAUGAAGACGUCAUCGACGAAUGACUUAGACAAAGUUUACCAGAACGAAUAUCUACCCUGAUAAUAGAGACAUAGAGGGAUAUCGUUAAAAAAGCCGCUUGUCUGUAGGAUAAUCAAAGGUCUUUUACUUGAAUGAUACCGUUGAUCAAUUAGGUCUGUUUGGACACUUGGCAAACUGAAACUGGAAGGCGCAAGGAACAGACAUCAGUUCAGCUUAAUUGGACAAUACAAGUUGCGAGCAUUUCGUUUUCUUUCCAUUGCUCGACAUGUCAGCCCAAAAAAUAAAGUUUAGAACUGCUUUUUACUGCCCGCAUAUUUAGACAAGCUAACUUUGUUACAAUCAACAAGAGGUCAGAAACGACUUAACGCAGUCGACAUAAAAUCUGGUAGAAUAUACCCCGCAGACGAAUCGUACACGGGAUAAGUUGGUACGAAGCACAUCCUUUAUCUCGUUCAAUUGCUGCGUUUUUUCGCUCUUACUUUAUGUAUAAAGAUUAAUAACCCGGUAAUUUAUCUGCUAUACACAUAUACAUGCCAGAUAUUUAUUUAUUUUUUGACAGUAUAUACGCGGCGUAUAUAUAAAUUUUGCCUAGAAAGAGGCGUACAGACGUGAUAAAAAGGCACGGUCAAAUAUUAAAAACCUUUUGAAGUAUGCAUCUAUUGCACGGAUGUCCACAGCUGCUUCAGGGAAUUUGUCGUGCUAAAUAUGUUUAGUCUAUAAUUGAAGUCCACAUCUAAUUAGUCAAAGAACACAUAGUCGGCCUGUUCGUACGCCUUGAACGAGGUCGAUUUGCUCCAUACAGACCGCUGCGUAGCCUGCAUGUACACAUUAAAUAGUAUGUUUUCGUAUUGUCAUAAGGAUAACACUAUGUCUUUACAUUUUGAAGAAAUCAUAUUGUGGCGUUGUGUUUGUGUGUUUCGAAUUAUGACCUUUGGAGAACCAAUUUUCUAGGGCGUUAAGUUGGUUUUAUCGGCAUGCAUUAUAACGCUAACGCUGUGAAAUAUUAUAUAGUUAUAUUGCAUAAACAUAUCUAUUUAGAAAUACUACAAACCUCAUAGAUACGUUAAGUUAGAUAGCUCGAAAUCCUUGUUUGUCCAUUCUAAUACGAACAGCGAUGCUAACUACGUAACCCACAGUUGUUUAGAUAAUUCGAACGCUACGCUAAUAUUGUAGCAAACAGUGAUGAUGAAUUGGUGCAAGAAAUUUAUGUACAACUUUACCAGAAGAGAAAACGUUUUCGCGGAGUCGUUGUCCGAUCUUGGUCGAAUGAUGUCGUGUAUAUUAUGCAUAUAUUUGCCGCUUGUAUCAGGUCGAAGGACAAAACAAGAAAGCGAAUGAUGCAGAAUGUAAUACAUAGUUAACUUGGAAACAGAAAGGCUCGGCCAUUUCAUUCCUACAAUAGCCGUGACCGGAUGGUAGUGUUAAACAAGAUAUGAAAACAGUUAUAGUACCAAAAAGUAACUAAAAAGAAAGUAUAUAUAUAGGUCCGAGAUAUUAUAGAAACUGUGAUUGGGAGCGUAAUUGAUGGAUCUUAGAAAAUCCAUUGAUAAAGGUGUGACGUGUACGCAGAACGAUAUAAAUUCAAAGCCUUCAUUUGCUUUCGAAUUUGAAGUUAAAAGCGUGCUAUUUUUUCUAAUUGGACUGCUUGCUAAAAUAAUUCAAUAUGCAAUGAGACAUAGUUUAAAGUUUCUCUAGGUUUCAUGAGGAAAUAAAUUCCUGCAAGCUGUAUUUGGUGAUUAGGUUUGUUUUUAUCAAAUUGUACUUUUUUUUUUUAUCAGAAGAUACAACAAUGUUAUAUAUCACAAAUUAAAUUUGACAAGUAGAUAUGGAGGUGUGAUUACUUUAGCUUUUUAAA